AUGGCCUCCACCACAGUCCUCAUCACCGGCGCCAACCGAGGCAUAGGCCAAGGCCUUACUGAGUGCUUCCUGGCAGAAGCCAAUCAUACUGUCAUUGCCGCAGUGCGCAACCCCGAACACCCAACCGUGCAGAAACUGCAAGAGCUGCCAAAAGAUCCCGACAGCCAGCUCAUUGUCGUGAAGCUCGAUGCAAGCGUUGAGGAGGACGCAAAAAAUGCUGUUACCGAGUUGCAGCAGAAGCAUGGAAUCGACCACCUUGACAUCGUGAUUGCGAAUGCGGGCAUUGGGUACAUCUACCCCACCGUCGCAGAUGUCAAGAUUUCGGAUAUCAAGGCGCACAUGGAGUGCAAUGUGUAUGGCGUGAUAGCGCUAUACCAGGCGACACGGGAUCUCUUGAAGAAGUCGUCGCGCGAGCCUAUAUUCCUGCCUAUGGGGUCGUCGGCAGGAUUGUUGAUCAACCAUCUACCCAUUCCCAACGCCGCGUACGCGCCUACCAAGACAGCAAUCAAUUGGUACACAAUCCGCAUCAACGACGAGGAUGAGUGGCUUAACUGCUUUACCAUCGACCCGGGCCAUGUUUCGACGGAUCUGGGCGACGGGGCGGCAGUGGCAGUAGGUAUAGGCGAGAAGGCGCCCCUCUCGGUUCAGGAUUCAUGUGAAGGCAUGAUGAAGUUGUUCGCUAGGGCUACGAAGAAGGAGUUCGGUGGCAAGUUGAUGGUCUACACCGGGAAGGUAUCGCAGUGGUGA